CAAUAGUCAUAAAUGCCGCUGGUGCAAAUCGAUUAAAUACGCUUUUCUUGAUUUUUUCCUCCCCCGCCGAAAGGAGGAACAAGGAAGAAGGCGAGUCGACCCCCACCCUCUCUCUCUCUUUCUCUCUGUGUCUCUGUCUUCUCUCUGCUGGCAAGCGAAGGAGGGGGAAGAUGCGGCCGUCCAUGAGGGCAUCGAGGAACCCACUUAAAGUGUUGAUAACAUGGGUGAAGAGGCAACCCCCAAAAGUGAAGGCCUUCCUCGCGGUCGUCACGGGGAUGGCUGCCAUCGUCUUCCUAAGGUUUAUCGUCCACGACCACGACAACCUCUUCGUCGCCGCCGAGGCCUCUCAUGCAAUCGGUAUCUCCGUUUUGAUCUACAAAUUGAUGAAAGAGAGGACUUGUGCAGGGCUUUCCCUCAAAUCGCAGGAACUGACAGCAAUAUUUUUAGCUGUCAGGCUGUAUUGCAGCUACGUUAUGGAGUAUGAUAUACAUACACUGUUGGAUUCGGCCACGCUUGUUACAACGUUGUGGGUGAUUUACAUGAUCCGAUUUAAGUUGAAGUCGAGCUACAUGGAGGAUAAAGACAACUUUGCAUUAUAUUAUGUGGUUGUUCCAUGUGCCUUACUGGCCCUUGCUGUUCAUCCUACAACAUCCCACAACAUAAUUCAUAGGAUUUCAUGGGCUUUUUGUGUGUAUCUGGAAGCAGUUUCUGUACUACCACAGUUACGAGUAAUGCAAAACACAAAGAUUGUUGAACCAUUUACUGCUCAUUAUGUCUUUGCAUUGGGUGUUGCUAGAUUUCUAAGUUGUGCACAUUGGGUUCUUCAGGUUGUGGAUACUGGUGGGCGUCUCCUGACGGCUUUGGGUUAUGGUCUCUGGCCCUCUAUGGUGCUUCUCUCCGAAAUAGUGCAGACGUUCAUUUUGGCAGAUUUCUGCUAUUACUAUGUUAAAAGUUUCUUUGGUGGGCAUCUUGUGUUGCGCCUCCCUUCUGGAGUGGUGUAAGCUUAAAGCCUUGCAGAAUGUAUUUUUUUGUGUCCCACUGCUUUAUGGGUAACUUAUCACAGAAGAAGUGUUUUGUUAGAUUUCUUUUCCCAGCUCGUUUGUAUCUUGUGAUUAUUGAUUGCUUAACUAAUUAAUCCACAGUUUUUCUUUUCAAAUGCUAA